CAACUCUUCGAUUCAUCCAUCUAAAAAGUCGCCCGAAGGUUUCGUUCACACCAAAAGUGCGCAGCUUGGAGCAAUUUAAAGCAAUCCUAACAAUGUGCACUGGAUGUUGCUGUAUUUUUGUUACCGUGUAGCUUGGACUGAUUGCACUAUAUUAUAGUCAGUAUACUUUCACAUCGGGCACACAGCUUCUGAGGCUUGAGGAAUCGUCCCCAACAACCAUGUGUACAUCGAUAGGUCGCUUGUGGGAAAUUUACUUUCUUUUCGAUGAUCUCAUGAAUGCACGAAUAUAUGUGCACUCCACGCAAUUGCCACUGCUAGCGAGCGUAUUGACACCCAGAUAUCUCAUGGAAUUCCGUUGGAGAUCGGCGGUUGGGUUCUCGAGCGACAAGCCUGUUGAGGCCUGCUUCUCGGUCGGCUCCUCCUCCGACAAUUCCCAGCUAGGGCCUCGAGGAGAAACACAUGUCCUUGCUGUCUGCUGCGUUUGCGUGUCAUAUCUUGUGCUACGGUUGCUCGGCCUGUAUGAAGACUUAACAUGCGCGGAUCGUUUCCAGAAACACUCCUUCACGAAUUCCGCCGCUAAUCCGCCCGUCCCUGUAUUUCUGCUGAAGGAAUUAAAUGGGGGCGUGUUUGAGGAUUAUUACCCAACUCCCCGCAGUCCCGGCAGAAUAUUCCAUCGAGUAUCCGAUACUCGGCUUACUUUGGUCUUUAUAAGCUUCUCGCCAACGACACUGUAAGUUAGAACGAGUAUAGAAAACCAAUUCUACAUAGGGCCUUUGCCGUGGUUAUCGAACAUCCAGUGUGCCUGAACGAAGGACUAUCUGGACGCCUCAAGCUGCCACCCCUCAGGGAUUGCGUAACUCCGUGAUACCUUGUGUACGUGAUAUUCAAUCCCCAUUUUAUGUUUGUUUGUCCU